AUGGCAACUACAAGAUCAAAAAGAACCAGGAAAGAGGUUCUGUAUAAAGAUACAAGUGAUAAUGAAGAAGAUAAUACACAUUCAACUGCAAACUCAAAUCAAAUAUUAGAAAAUGUUGCAACCACUACAUCAAAAUCUACAACCAAAUCAAAUAAACGUCGUAAAAUCCAGCCAACACAACCUGAAGAAGAAUUUGAAGAAAACUCAUUAUUUUUAGCAUGUUCAAGUGAAGAAGUUAACAUCACUGAUCUAGCACAAGAUUGGAUUGAAUCAUAUGAAGAAGAAUCUUUACCAAAUUUAAAUAAUUUUACAAAUUUAAUGAAUUUAAUUUUAAGAAGUUGUGGAUCAUUACAUUUAUUUCAACCUCAUGAUCUAUUAAAUUUGGAUAGUGCUGAACAAACAGCUGAUGAAAUUACUUUAGUUUUCAGUAAACAAUCAACUCAUAAAUUUGCAUUCAAAUUAGUACCAGUUUUCAAGAAAAAUGUAGUUGAAUUAUUUAAAAAUAUUAUUGAAAUGUGUCAUGAAAAAGGUAUAUUAUAUGGGUCUGAUGAAUUAAUGAAUUAUAUAAUUACUUGGAUUACAAGUUUAACAAAUACUAGUAUUAGAUCAUUACGUUAUACUGCAACUGAAAUUGCUUUAGUUAUAUUAUUACAACUUAGUACCAUAUCCCAAUCAAUAAAUAAAAAUCUUGAAAGAUCUAAACAACAUUUAAUAAAAAACAAACAAAAAUCAAGAGCUAAAACUAUUCAAAAUACAAUUAACACUUAUGAAAAUCAAUUAAAUAAACUUGAUGAAUAUUUUGAUGAUUUAAGUGAAGUAAUUGGUAAUAGAUAUAAGGAUAUAGAUCCCGCAAUAAGAGCAAUAGUUGUAAAAGAAUUAAUUGAUGCAAUGAUGGAAUAUCCAACAUAUUUUUGUCAAAGUAAUUAUUUAAAAUAUUGUGGUUGGUUAUUAAGUGAUGUAAAUAAUAAUGUUCGAAAAGAAAUUACCAAAAAUUUAGCUAAAUUGUUCAAAAUUAAUCAUACAAAUGAAGAAACUAUUCAAAAUCUUACGCCUUUCACUCAAAAGUUCAAAUCAAUGAUAAUUACUAUGGCACAAAUUGAUAUUGACGUUCAAGUUAGGAUUAAUUGUUAUGGUAUACUUAUUGAUAUGUUAAAGAUAAAUUUAUUAGAUGAACAAAAUAAAAAACAAGUGGUUGUAGGUUUUCCAUUUGAAUCAAAAUCAAUAAAAGAAAUUAACGAAGCUAGUAAAUUUUUAAAAUUAUAUAUUGAUCAAGAAUUUAAUUCAACUAGGGGAAAUGCAAUAAUUUUGGAUCAUCAUCUGUUUAAAUUAGAUGAAAUUGAUUUGAAAGAUUUAUUAUUGAUAAAAACUUUAAUUACAAUUUUGCAACCAAUUGAUGAUAAAGAAUUAGAAUUAAUAUUUAAACAAAUGUCAGAAUUAACUAAUGUCACUCAUAUAGUCAAAUAUUUAUUAGCUGAUAUCGAUACAAUUACUACAUCAGAAGAAGAUCCAGCAAGUGAAGAAGAUCUUGAAAAUGCCAAAAAUUUAAUUGAAUUAAAUGAAAAAGAAAAACUUUUACUAAUCAAAUUAAUUAAAGCAACAUUUUAUCAAAAUCCAAGUUUUGUCAUAAAUAAUUUAUCAUCUAUACAAAAAUUCAUAUCAAAAUCGAAAGAUAGGUUGAAAAAUUUCAUACAAUUAUAUCCAUUAAUCACAUCAUGUUUCAAAACUUUUACAUCAGAGCAAAUUGAUCAAUACAUAGACUUAUUAAAUGAAAAUAUCCAAGGUUUAUUAUCAUCAGAAGAAUACAGUAAUAUUGAAGAUAAUGAAGAGGAAUAUUUCAAAUUAAUUAUACAAUAUCUUGAAUUUAAAUCUGUUGGAGCUGUAUUUGUUUCAUAUAUGAAUAUACCUUAUUUAAUACAACGUCAAUUAUUGAAAUAUUUCAUUGAAAAGGAAAAAGAAUUAUCAAAAUUACUUAAAGUAGAAUUAAGUAAAGGUGACAAUAUUGUUGGAAUUGAUGAAGAAAGUGAAGAUGAACAAGAACAAGACGAAGAUAUUGAAGUUGCAAGUGAUGAAGAAAAUCAAGAUAAAUCAAAAGAAGCUCAAGCUACAGAUCAAGUUUGGGAGUUAGAAAAAAAAUUCGCUAUUUUCUAUAUGAAAUUAAUGGAAGUUAGAACUUUAUUAGAUGCUGAAUUCUUAGAAAGAUUUAACUUAAACAUUGAUAAGUUUGAAGUUUUAAGUGCUAUUAGACUGGAAUAG